GCGGCUGUUCAUGGAGAUGGCUGACGCGAUGGCCGCGGACGGCUGGCGCGACGUGGGCUACGAGUACGUCUGCAUCGACGACUGCUGGAUGGCGCCGACGCGGGACGCCUGCGGCCGCCUCCAGCCCGACCCCACGCGCUUCCCGGGCGGCAUCCGCAAGCUGGCCGACUACGUCCACUCCAAAGGGCUGAAGCUGGGAAUCUACAGCGAUGUCGGGAACAGGACGUGCGCCGGCUUCCCCGGCAGCUACAACCACUACGAGCUGGAUGCCCAGACCUUCGCGUCCUGGGGCGUGGACCUGCUCAAGUUUGACGGCUGCAACUCUGGCACGCUGGAGCUGCUGGCAGAAGGCUACCGAAACAUGUCCCUGGCCCUGAACAGGACUGGAAGAAGCAUCGUGUACUCCUGUGAGUGGCCCUUCUACCUGAGGCCYACGCAGCAGCCCAAUUACACGGAGAUCAAGCAGUACUGCAACCACUGGAGGAACUUUUUUGAUAUCUCUGAUUCUUGGAGCAGCAUCAAGAGCAUCUUGGACUGGACAGCCAUCCACCAGGACAGCAUCGUGAAGAUAGCAGGACCAGGGGGCUGGAACGACCCUGACAUGCUAGUGAUCGGAAACUUUGGGCUGAGCUGGGAGCAGGCGGUGACGCAGAUGGCCAUGUGGGCCAUCAUGGCAGCUCCCCUCUUCAUGUCCAACGACCUGCGGGACAUCAGCGCCGAGGCCAAGGGCCUCCUCCAGAACAAGGAGGUCAUUGCCAUCAACCAGGACCCGCUGGGCAAGCAGGGCUACCGCAUCACCAAGGACGACAACUUUGAGCUGUGGGAGCGGCCGCUGUCGGGCAGAGCCCACGCGGUGGCCGUGCUGAACCGCCAGGAAAUCGGGGGCCCCCGGAACUUCACCUUCUCSCUCGCCUUCCUCGGCAACGGGCUGGCCUGCAACCCCAUGUGCUCCGUCCAGCAGGUCCUGCCGGCCAGCAGGGACUGGGGUCUUCACAACUGGGUGUCCUCCCUGAGCGUGGAGGUGAACCCCACGGGCACCGCGCUGCUCAAAGUGGUGGCCUUAUAGGAGGCACAGAGCCGACCCCCUGGACGGUGUCUCUAGAGCCCGUCCCAGGAAGCGCGUCCCCCGCCAUGGAGCGGGGUGGCCUUGUCCUCCCCACAGGCUGCGCCCUCCGAGCACUUCCAUGCGCACCCCAAAGCUUCCGCCUCGCACACCAAAGACCCAAAGAGGAGAUGACAGAGAAGGGGAUGCUGCUUCUCUUCCCUUUACCCUUCCUCUCGCAUCUCCCCUACCCCCUUUUCCUAAGGGGCUGCAAGGGCAGCGGCCSCUUCGUUAAUAACCAGUGCCACUAAACCAGGGAGGUGCCAAGUGCAGCCUCCUGCAGCUCUUC